AUGGUAGAAUUCGAGACACUAGUCAACCCGCCACAAGAAGUGUUCGAUCAAAUCGUGAAAUAUACAAGUGAGACAGAAGACUGGGCAUCUCAAACUGGAGACUAUAAGCUUUGGUUGAGCAGUUAUGAUCAGUUUUGGUUGGUUACAGUUGUGGAGAAAGGAACCACAAAUUUCGUCGCGUCAGUCUCAUUAGCCCGUUGGGAUGGAGACGAUGGACCACUUUUCUCUAUUGGAAUGUUCUAUUGUGUUCCAAAAUAUCGAGGCACUGGACUAGGAAAACCACUAUUCCAGUAUGUCAUGGAUAUUGUCGGGGACAAUAAUGCGACACUUACUGGAGUGGUGAAAAUGAGUCCGAAGUAUGCAAGUGACUUCGGAUUCGACAAAUAUCCAGAGCAUUGGCAUUUGUUUAGUUCUGCAAAGUGUGCUGAAAUGGUUAUCCCUGAUAAGGUUUCAGAGAAUUACACCACCAAAUUGUGGUCUGACGUGGAUUAUGUAGAAUUGACCGCUUAUGAUAGAACGAUUUGUAUGAGAAAUCGAAAGAAAAUUAUGAGCGCUUGGUUCAAUUCAGUUGACACAUUUUCGAGGGUAGUCCUCGACAAAUCUGGAAAAAUAGUUGGCUACGCGACUGUCCGACUUGUUCUUAAAAACCGAUUGAGUCCUGCACCAUUCUACGCAGACAAUCUAGAAGCUGCGGAAGUCCUUCUGAAGGAUCUCCUCAUUAUGAUUCCCGAUUGGCAACAGUAUGCUAGCUUCGGAUUUCUCUACCCAGAGUGUAACAAAGAUCCAUUUGAAGUUUUGAACAAGUUCUCAAAAAGAAGAGAAGCUAUUUCAACGUCUAGAUUCAUCAGAAGUCAAUUCACAAGGGAAUUGAUUUCUACCCCGGAUAAUAAAGUUUAUUCAUUGUCCGAUAUUGCCCAUCAGUUUGUCUAG